AUGAAGACUCCAAACUCUUUCACUACAUGCCGAUCUGAAGUGAUGGUAUCCUUCCAGGGACGAGUAACACAGCAGCUUAAGUUGAACGUUGCUUUUGGUACCGAUGUCAGCGGUACCAUGAAGAUCCAAUGCGCUGGCAGGAAUAUCAACCUUCUCAUAAGAAACUAUGGUAUGUUGUAUAACUUAAACAAAGCCAAACACCUGGACGAAGUUGCGGCAUAUGGCACCCAGGUAAUCAGACCGUUUAUGUCGGGUAUCACCAACAAACAACCAAACUAUGCACAUUCGGUGAAUGUCGAAAUUAUGUGGACAGCAGGCAAUACGUAUGAGAAGGGUGAGCCUGGGAGUGACAUACCAUACAAGUACGACCUCCUCCGUUCUGCGUACAUGGAGUUUGAAAACUCAGAACGUGUGUUUAGAGGAACCUUAGACCCCAAAAUCCUGUAUAAGGCCGUUGAAACGCUCCACGCUGUGUUAGAACCCAAUGAUACCAUGGUAAAGGAGAGAGAAUUUACGGAGGAUGAUUCGGCCUAUAUUCGUUCCCGGAGGAGAAUCAUGGAUAUUGUAAUUAGUGAGAGACCUGCCGACCAAGCCCCUGCCGCCCCCCAGCAGAAUCCUCGACGGCAAUACCCGCCAAGAAAACCCGGACGUCCUGAACCUAGUUCAUCCCAGAAAUCCCCUUGCUAA